CGGCCUUCCCGCUCCCGCGGCGCGGCAACUCCGCCGAGCCUCCUUAAAACUCUGCCGUUAAAAUGGGGGCGGGUUUUUCAACUCAAAAAGCGCUCAAUUUUUUUCUUUUCAAAAAAAGCUGAUGAGGUCGGAAAAAAAAAGGGAAAAGAAACCGGCACCGUCUCUGCAGCGGCAACAGAAGUAGCAAUUGUCUGAGCGAGAAAAGAAGCAAAGAAGGGAGGGAAAGGAGGAGAGUUAGAAAAGGGGGAUAACGCUCAAGUGUCUGUCGGGGUGAAGGGAGCAGGGGCCGGCGAUUUGGGGGAGACAAGCUACAAAAGAAACUGUCACUGGGAGCGCGGCGGCUCGGAGGGAAGCGGCGCUACCCAGGUCGGCGGCGGGGCACAGCUGGCUGGCGGCCGCUGCCCUGGUGGCGGCACCGGCCGGGGGCAGAGGUCGGGGAACCGCGAGAGGCCGGCGAAGUGGCACCGGUGGCCGAAACGGCUGGGCUCCGGUCGACAGGGCGGCGGGACUGUCUGCGACCUGGGACUGGGGUGACUCCCCAGACUGGGAGGCUGGCUCCAGCUCCCCAGGACCCUCCCGACCUCCGGAGGCCCUCGGACAACCGGGAGAGGAAGGAGAAGACGGCAGCAGCCGCUCAGUGAGCGUCUCCAGUGGGAAGCCCGAACCGGCUCGGUCCUAGGCGGGAAGUUACGGGUGGGCUGCCCUGUGCAGCCGCGAUGCUGCAGCGCGCUGCCCCAGCAGCCCGGGCCCGAUAGACGCUUCCCGCGUCGCUUCUCCCUUUCCUCGCGCUGCUGGGAGUCCCGGCACCCGGUGGGGCCGGCAUGACCCGCUUGGCCGAGGCCCGCCGCGCGCCCGGCGGUCUCCGGAGACGCGCGCCGAGCCUGGCUCCCACGGCCUCUGAGGCUCGGCGGGGCUGCGGUGGCCCGGCGGGCGGGCUCCGGAGCCUUCCCGCGCGGCGCUAGCCCGCGUCUCGGCCCGGACGCGAAUAAAGGCCCUUCCCGAGAAGCCGAGGCCACUGAGGCGUCGUGACGACCUGUAACUGGAGGGCCACGGAACUACUACUCCCGUUCGCCUUUUGGCGAUCGUCUUUAACCCCCUGGCGGACGUCAGCAUCCAGCCUCAGCUACAGCGGCGCUCUCCCUGCAGCGGAGGACUCGGGACUACCCCUGCGGGCGUGACGGAUGGAGACCGAGCCUCCCGGAGGACCUGCCCCUGCAGUUCUGGCUUGCGCGGCUCAAGUCACCACCGUGAACCAGGGACCCUAAAGAAUGGCCGAACCUUGGGGGAACGAGUUGGCGUCCGCAGCUGCCAGGGGGGACCUAGAGCAACUUACUAGUUUGUUGCAAAAUAAUGUAAACGUCAAUGCACAAAAUGGAUUUGGAAGGACUGCGCUGCAGGUUAUGAAACUUGGAAAUCCCGAGAUUGCCAGGAGACUACUGCUUAGAGGUGCUAAUCCUAAUUUGAAAGAUGGAACUGGUUUCGCUGUCAUUCACGAUGCAGCCAGAGCGGGUUUCCUGGACACUUUACAGACUUUGCUGGAGUUUCAAGCUGACGUUAACAUCGAGGAUAAUGAAGGGAACCUGCCCUUGCACUUGGCUGCCAAAGAAGGCCACCUCCCAGUGGUGGAGUUCCUUGUGAAGCACACCGCCAGCAACGUAGGGCAUCGGAACCACAACGGGGACACCGCCUGCGACUUGGCCAGGCUCUACCGGAGGAACGAGGUCGUUAGCCUGAUGGAGGGAAACGGGGCGGAGGGAGCUGAGAAUCUACAAUGAAUGUGGGGAGGGCUCUCCCACACUGCCUUCUAUUCUGUCAGUUAAAUGGUUGGCUAUUUUAAUAUCAUUUGUUAAAACUCAGUUUUGUCAUAUUUUAAGCAGCUUGUUAAAUCUUCUGAAACUGCUAAAUGGAAACCUUACUACAGGUUUAUGAAUAUAUCUUUUUCACCUACAGAAUCCUGAGUUCUAACAUAUAAUUGCAAAUAGCUUUGGCUUGCUUCUUCUUAUUUUAUCUUCCCUUUACUUUUUCUUGGCUUCUUUCUCCCUUUGCCAAUCUCAAUACCCAACUUGAUGACUUUGUUUUAAAAAUGGUUUGUCCUGAUGCUUCUUUUGCCUAAUUAAAACACUUUUUCAAAACA